AUGUUAGCUUCUUUUUAAUAAUAGCCUCUUGUAAGAAAAAUGAUCAAAUCUCAAGUUGAAUUUUCAAUGCCUUAAACAAAAACUACCUCAGAUUUGCUCUUGUAAAAUUAAAGAUCUUCUUAUUAAUAAUACAGAAAAUAAACAUAACAAUCAGAUGAAAUUUCAGUUCAGAAAUUAUUUUUUAGAACAACUGAACCAUCUAUUUAAGAAACACCUAGCUCAUUAUAUUUAACUAGACAAAGAGAAGAGCCUUUCAUAACCACGACAUCAAAAUUUUAAGAAUAAAAAUAUUAAUAGAGAAUUGAUUUCUCUAAUUCAGAACAUAAGAAUUCAAUAGUUGAAUUACCAAAAUUCAGAAUGGUAGCUAGUAUGUAUGGUAGAAGUAUAAUGUCUACAGCUAAAAUUAAUAGAAGAAUGGCAGAAUCUUCUGAUAGCGAAUUUUUUAUGUAAUAGUCAGGGUAAAUUUAUUAUAAAAUAUCAAGAGAUUAAGAUAAAUGAUUAUAUGUAAUUAAUUAUUUAUGGAAGAUGAACGAUUUCUAUAUUAAUUUAUGUUUGUUCCAGAUUUAACCUAACCUAAAGAAAGAUUUGAUGACUUUAUUAAGUGUUUGAGGAAUGUCUAAAAAAUCAAUAGCAAGAGAUUAUAUUUUUAUCUCAAAGAUGGAACUCCUGUUAAUUCUCAUCUAGAUAUUCCUCCUAUUUAUAAAACCUUAAUUUAUAGUCAAAAUUCUGUUUAUAGACCUUUUGAUAAUCCAUAAUUAGAUCUUUUAGAAUAAUAAUGCAAGACAUAUAAUUUUCUUUAAAUUAAUAAAAAGUAAUUUAAAAAUAGCAAUUCUUAAGUAGAUGAUAUCAUACGAACUUUGAAUGAUGGAUAAGAUAAAUAAUACAAUUCCAAAGAAUUAAAAUCACAAUUAAAAAAUGUUUCAUUAAGAAAGUAAAGCUAAAGAAAUUCCUUAGAAAAAUUGAUAAAACCUACUUAAUUCAUUUAUAUUAAUGAUUAUAAUUAGAAAUAAGAAAAAAAUAAUAUUCAAAUAGAUAAAACUGAAGUUUAAGAAUCAAAUAAAAUGGAAUUAUUUGAUGAUAUUUUGUAAUUAUAUGAUUAAGAAUUAAAAAAACUUGAUUUUAAUUAAAAUUAACCUGAUGAUAUUAAUUAAAUUUAGUUUGAUAAUGAAAACGAAGAGAUGAGAUCAAAAAUUAAAUAAGCUGCAACUUUUUUAGAGCCUUUAUUAAGCAAGUUUUUAAAUUAGCCUUCAAAAAAAGAAGAAAUCAAUUAUGAAUAAUUUUAAAUGAAUAAUAAUAUGGAAUAAAAAAAAUAGAGUAAAACUUAAUAAAAUUUUGUACACAAAAAUAUUAAAAGAAGAAUAAGCCAUAAGUUUAGUUUAUAAUAACUAUUAAAAAUUAAUAGAGAAUUGUUUAUUUAAAAUAUCCCAAAAUUAUUAUCAUCUUCAAAUUUUUCUCGUUAUGAAUUACACAAUACUUAUAUCCUUUAUUGUGCUUUAUAAUAAAUAACAUCACAAAGAUAUAAAUACUAUAAUAUCAAUGAUGGAGUGGAUUAUUAAACAUAUAGGAGAGGAAUAUUUUAAAUUUUCUUUUAAAAUGAAUUUUUAGCUUAACAAAUCUUCAAUAGAAUAGAUUACAAUUACAGUGGUUUUCUUAAUUGGGAAGAAUUCUUGAAACUGAUGAUGAGUAUUAAAGCAAAAACAGUAGUUGAAAAAAUCGAUCUCUUCAUAUCUAUUUCUGACAGUGAUGGAAAUGGAAGGCUUUCACAUGAUGAAAUAUUUAAAUUAGCAAAACUCUGUCUAUCUCAUUAUGUACAAGAUAAAGGAGAGUUUUUAGAUAUUUUGUGUGAAUAUUACACGAGAUUAAUCUUUUAAAUUGUGGAUAAAGAUGUUACAGAGGAGAUUCCUUUUGAAGAAAUCAAAAAGGCUAUAUUAGAAAAUAAGUAAGAUAGUGAUCUCUUAUUAAUGUUUUGUGGAGCAGAUGUAUGA